AUGAAAUUCACCCUCACCGCCCUCAUCACCGCCCUCCUGGCCUCGCAGGCCCACGCCUCCGUCACCUACUGGUGCACGGGCAACGGCAAGUGCAACAACGCUCCUGGUGUCGGCCCGACCUACAACUGUGGCAAGAAGCUAGGCCUCGGCGACUACGACGCUAGCCGCAAGCGCUGGAAGACGGGACGCGACGCCGGCAAGGGGGCGUGUUACGAUGUUAAGAACACCUAA